UUCAAGUCUGAGGGGCCCCUGCCUCGGGAUGUCCGUUGGGGUUUGCCAUCGCCAUUGCGUAGCCCUCUCUCUCGAAUUCGGCAAACCGUCUCGGCAUUUCGCUUCGGAUUUUAGUUGCUGCGCCAGCCGAAUCAGGAUGAGUCGUGGAUCGGGGGCUGGGUAUGAUCGACACAUCACUAUUUUCUCGCCGGAAGGGCGUCUUUACCAAGUCGAGUAUGCCUUCAAGGCCGUGAAAGCUGCUGGUAUUACCUCAAUUGGCGUUCGUGGUAAAGACUCGGUAUGCUUCGUCACGCAGAAGAAAGUUCCGGAUAAAUUGCUUGAUCAGGCGAGUGUCACGCAUCUCUUCGCUAUCACUAAGUACAUUGGUCUUCUCGCUACUGGAAUGACUGCUGAUGCAAAAUCUUUGGUAGCGCAUGCUCGGAAUGAGGCUGCCGAGUUCAAAUUUAAGUUGGGCUAUGAGAUACCUGUUGACUAUUUGGCAAAAAGGCUUGCAGAUGAAUCCCAGGUUUACACUCAGCAUGCGUACAUGCGCCCGCUCGGUGUUUCUGCCAUGCUGAUUGGCAUUGAUGACGAACUGGGUCCACAACUUUACAAGUGCGAUCCGGCUGGUCAUUACUUUGGUUACAAGGCUACUAGCUCUGGGUCCAAGGAGCAAGAAGCUGUUAAUUUCUUGGAGAAGAAGUGUAAGAGCAAUCCACAAUUUUCCUACGAGGAGACUGUGCAAAUUGCCAUUUCAGCUUUGCAAUCGAUUCUUUUGGAGGAUUUCAAACCCACUGAAAUAGAGGUUGGAGUGGUUCGUGCUAGCAAACCAGAAUUUCGCGUUUUGACGACGGAAGAGAUUGACGAGCACCUCACAGCCAUCAGUGAGCGCGACUAGAAUCCAGAUAGAGACGAGGUUACUAAAGAGGUUCUACUGGAAGCGAACAUAUCAAGACUGCAAAUAAUUUCAGUGGAUCAUCGUGGUUUUCGGACCUUUUUCGGUAGAUUCGGGACCUCGAGAAGUAUCCUUACGUUAUGCGACCACUAUGUACAGCUUACAACCCCACUGGAUCUUUCAAGUAAUGGAUAGGCAUAAUGGAUAGGCAUAGUGGGUAGGUGAAUUGAAUAACACAAGCCACCAGGUAAAAAAUAUGAAAUUCUGAAGCAUUUUCAAGUUGUAAUUGUUAACUCAUUGAAUCCCAUGACAGUCGUUGCUUUUAUGCACACGUGCAUGUGUUUUCAAUUUGUAGAUAGCAAAAUUGAAGAGAGUUGUGAUUCAGCA